AAGGCUGUGUAGUGGAAAUAAAUCCGAAAGGAGGGGGCCAUAGGUUUCUGCUGUCAAGUCGAAAUCCAAUCCGAAUCGAAUCGACUCACCAUCUCCGCAAUUCUCGUCUCUCUCUCUCUCUUCAAUUCUGACAGUUUGAUCUCAGAUCCUCCGAUCCGGCGCCGUUUCUCUGCUAACACUUCCCUCUCUCUCUCUCUCUCUCUCACUCUCUCUCUCUCUCCUCACCGAGCGAGCGAGUAAGGAACGGAUCUCAUAAUCAUCUCUCUGAAUCCGUGUGUUUGACCAGCUCCAAACGCAGAUCGCUUUUUUUUCUUUUUUUUUUUCUGGUGUAUGCCUCUCCCCAUCGCAGAGAGAUUUAGGUAGGUCACGGAUAUGCCGAAGAGCGGCGUGAAUCGGAACCCUUCCUUAAGAGUAUCCAUCCCUCAGGCGCAACAGUCUCUCAGGCGUUUAGGUUUAUGCUCUACUGGUGGAGCUGCUCAGCAGCAGUCGUCCCCCGUGGUGUUCCCCGAGAAGCGGAGCAAGAAAGCUAAGAAGAUUAGUGGUAACGAUGAUUCACAGGUGAAACCGAAAGCAGCAGCUGAUGAGCAUCGGAUUGAUAUUCUUGGUGGAGGAGGAGGAGGGGAUGAGAAAUCUGAUUUGUUAGGUAGUCUUGUUUACGCCGGGAAGCUUGUGUUGGAUAAGAGGAAGUCUGCUAGUGGCAAAGACGCCGCGACGGAGGUACAGCAGCCGUCUUCCGCUGACGUGUUUAACAAGAAAGCUGUUGAUGCGAGGCUUACGAGUAAGGCUUUGGUUUGGGGUGGUUCUCACUUGCUACAGCUUGACGAUGUUGUUUCGUUGACGUACAAUGUUGGUCUCAGGCAUUUCACCGUGCAUGCUUAUCCGAUUGGAAAGGGCUCUUGUGCUCUUUCUUGCUUCACGAAACCGAAGAGACGCCGCAAAGAUUUUCGUUUUAUUGCACCUACUGUAGAGGAAGCGGUCCAAUGGGUGGCUAGUUUUGCAGAUCAACAGUGUUUUAUCAACUGUUUGCCACAUCCUUUAGUCUCAAAGAAACAGGCUUCUUCCGAGUUGUUUUCGGUCCCCAUCGAUACUCCUCCUGAGUUGGUCUUCAGGUGUAAGAGUGCACCCAAAAUGCUUGUCAUAUUGAACCCUAGGUCUGGCCAUGGACGAUCGAUCAAAGUUUUCCACGACGUAGUGGAACCGAUUUUCAAGCUGGCCGGGAUUAAGAUGGAGGUUGUCAAAACAACUAAAGCAGGUCAUGCCAGAGAGUUGGCUUCCACUGUCGACAUUAGCUUAUGCUCAGACGGUAUAAUUUGUGUUGGUGGUGACGGAAUCAUCAAUGAGGUUCUUAAUGGUCUAUUUACUCGAAGCAAUCAGAAAGAAAGGGUUACUAUCCCAAUUGGGAUAGUACCUGCUGGAUCGGAUAACUCGUUAGUUUGGACUGUUCUUGGUGUUAGAGAUCCUAUUUCUGCAGCACUCUCUAUAGUGAAGGGUGGCCUAACAGCUACUGAUGUCUUUGCUGUUGAAUGGAUUCGUACGGGUGUUAUGCACUUUGGAAUGACUGUCUCCUACUAUGGUUUUGUUAGCGAUGUUUUGGAGCUCUCUGAGAAAUACCAAAAACGUUUCGGUCCUAUGCGUUACUUAGUUGCUGGAUUCCUCAAGUUCAUGUGUUUGCCAAAGUAUAGCUACGAAGUGGAGUAUCUUCCGGCGCAAAAAGAGGAUGCAGAAGGGAACACUGGACUUGAAAAGGAAGUUGUUGAUGUGCAAGACCUUUAUAUGGAUGUAAUGAGGAGAUCAAGCAGAGAAGGAAUGCCUAGAGCCUCCAGUUUAUCAAGUAUUGACUCUAUAAUGACCCCAAGCCUAGGCGAGCUAGACACAUGUAGCAGCACACAUGCCAGCAACGAGCCAUCUGAGUAUGUUCGUGGAAUAGAUCCUAAAAUGAAACGCAUGUCCUCUGGCAGAAGAGAUGUCGGAGCUGAGCCAGAGGUUAUUCAUCCUCAAGGACAGUCAACAACCCCUAAUUGGCCAAGGACAAGGUCGAAGACGAGAGGAUGGAUGGGUUUAACAUCCGUGCAGGAUCCACCUCCUUCAACUCGAUGUUCAUGGGGAAACACCGGUGCUCAUGACAGAGAAGAUAUUUCAUCUACUGUAUCCGACCCGGGUCCAAUCUGGGAUGCGGGACCCAAAUGGGACAGUGAACCGUCUGCUUGGGAUGUAGAAAACCCGAUCGAGCUGCCAGGUCCUCCUGAGGAUAUAGAGACAGGACUGAGGAGGCAAACCAUCACACCAAUAUAUGAAGAUAAAUGGGUUGCUAGAAAGGGACAUUUCCUCGGCAUCAUGGUCUGUAACCAUGCUUGUCGGACUGUGCAGAGCUCUCAAGUGGUAGCUCCCAAUUCAGAGCAUGACGAUGGUACAAUGGACAUGAUUUUGGUUCAUGGGUGUGGAAGACUGAGGUUACUGAGGUUUUUUAUCCUUCUGCAAACCGGUCGACACCUUUCUCUUCCGUAUGUCGAGUGUGUAAAGGUGAAGUCGGUUAAGGUAAAGGCGGGAAAACAGACGCAUGACAGUUGUGGUAUAGACGGAGAGCUGUUUGCAUUGAACGGAGAAGUGAUAUCGACUAUGCUACCGGAACAGUGCAGAUUGAUCGGUAAUGCUCCUGAACGACAUUCAUAGGUAAAUUAAAUCUCAUCAAAGUUAUAUGUGGAUGGAGGGAGAGAAGAGAGAGUUUGGGUGUUUAUAUAUAUAUCUGGAAUUCUUUUUGGGAUUUUGUUCUGGUUCGGCGUCAAUAGCUAUGUAUGCGGUAAGAGAAAUAAUGACACACUGUUGUGAUCACAAUCCUUCCUUGAGUUCCCUAAAACACUGAACCCUUUGUAUAUUCUUUUGCUCUUUUUUUGUUUCAUGUGUGUGUUUGAGUUAUAUAUAUGUACUAUAUAAUGUGUUUUCCGACAAUAAUUUGUGUGUUUCCUAUG